AAUGCCCACCUUCACUUCCGGCGAACCCGGAAGCAUUGUUGGCAACAGACUGAAGUGCUUACUGAGUAGAGUUCGGAUCUGGAACCGGUCCGUCCGGGCUCGGGGCCCCGGGAGCGAGGGACGCGGCGACGUCUGCCGGCUUCGUCGGGGCCGGAGCCAGGAAAGCGCCUGACAUGGCGGCGUGGGCCGCGCCGACCUCUCCGCGGGGGCGCGAGUAAGAGCAGACCCGCCCCCCCCGCCCCCCCCCCGGCCCCCAGCCCCCCGCGGCUCCGCGAGCGGUGACGUCACGGAGCAGCCCCGGCCAUGGAGAAGUUCGGCAUGAACUUCGGCGGGGGGCCCAGUAAGAAGGAGCUGCUGGAGACCAUCGAGACGCAGAAGAAACAGCUGCUCCAGUACCAGGUCCGGCUCAAGGACGUUGUCCGGGCCUACAAGAGCCUGCUGAAGGAGAAGGAGGCCCUGGAGGCCAGCCUGAAGGUGCUCUCGGCGUCCCACGAGGCGGACGGCGCCGGCUUAACCGCUGGCCAGCUCCCCGGCCUUCCUCCGGCCGACGCCGUGGAUGACCGGGGCUCCACGCACAGCGAGGACAGCACCGGCACCGCCACCAGCCUGGACACCAGCGCCAGCCUGACGAGCGCCAAGGGCGACCCCGCGCUGGAGGAGGAGAGGCCGCCGGCGGAAGCCAGCGGGUCCGAGAGCGGCGUUAGUUCCAGCAGCGGGGAUGCGCCGGCCGGCGGCGCGGGGGAGGCGGACAAACGCAUUCACCAACUGAAGACCCAGUUGGCCACUCUGACCAGCUCUCUGGCCACUGUGGCCCAGGAGAAGUCCCGCAUGGAAGCCUCCUACCAGGCGGACAAAAAGAAGAUGAAGCAGGAUUUGGAGGAUGCCGGCAGAAAGGCGGAGGAAGAGAGGGGCCGCCUGGAGGCGGAGCUCCAGGGGCUGCAGGAGCAGAUGGCGGAGACGAAAGCCAGGCUGAUCACCCAGCAGCACGACCGAGCCCAGGAGCAGAGCGACCAUGCCCUGAUGCUGCGGGAGCUGCAGAAGUUGCUGCAGGGAGAGAGAACCUUACGCCAGGACGUUGAGCUGCAGCUGGAGGAGACCCGCGAAGCCCUGGCUGCCCAGGCCUACUCCGCCGACCAGGUGGAAGGGUUCGAGGGGCAGAUCAAGCAGUUGACCCGUGAAGUGGAGGAGCUGAAGCGGGAGCUGCAGGCUCUUCGAGAGGAGAAAAGCCUUCCGGACCCUCGACUGGAAGAGCUUCAGGAAGAAGCUGCGCACCUUAAGAACCACUUCCAGACCCAGCUGCAGCAGGAAAUGAGGAAGACUGCUUUGGCAGAGGAGCAGCUCCGUCAAUAUUCUCAGAUGGAGGAACAGAGAGUGGCUGCCUUAGAGAAUCAAGUCUCAGAAGUGUCUGAACUGCUGGGUACCUAUGAGAAAGCUAAACAAAAGGACCAGCUGGCGAUUCAAAAACUAAAAGAUCGCCUUCUGCAGCUGGAUAUGGAGAAUAAGACGCUUGCUCUUGCAGCCUCUAGUCGUUCUCCCCUGGACAGUCACAAUGAGGAGACCAGCUUGGAUGUCAAUGUCCUAAAGGAUAAGAUGGAGAAACUGAGGAGACUCCUGCAGAUUGCAGCCAAGAAGAGCCAGGUGUCUCUAAAUAUGGAAAAACUGUGUGAAAUAGAGAUGCUGACAAACUCAGAUGCUGCUGAUGGGGAAAAGGCCACUGCACUCUAUUACCAGCAAGAGCUAAAGCAGCUCAAAGAGGAGUUUGAAAGGUACAAAAUGAGGGCCCAGGUUGUCCUCAAGAGCAAGACAACCAAGGAUGGAAACUUAGCUAAGGAACUGGAGGAAAGCCAGGAGCAGCUUGCAGAGCUGAAGGAGAAAUACAUUUCCCUUCGACUCUCCUGUGAAGAGCUAGAACGGCAACACCAACAAGAGGCAGAGAGCUGGAAACAGGAGCUGACUCAGCUGCAGCAGGUCCAUCGGCAGGAGCUGGAGAGAAGUCAGCUUGAUUUCCGGGACCGGACACUGAAGCUUGAAGAAGAGCUACACAAACAGAGGGACCGUGCUCUAGCGGUACUUGCUGAAAAGGACUUGGAACUAGAGCAGCUCCGCUCUGUGGCUUUGUGUUCUGGGUUGCAGGGACAUAAGGCCUCAGGGGGCCAGGGAAGUAAUGGGGAUCUAAGUGACUCAACUCCAGACAGUUUGACCCAAGCUCUGCACUUGGCUGCAUCAAAUGAACCAACUUUCUUCUUGUAUGCUGAGCAGCUGGCUCGGAAGGAAGUUGAGAUAACAUCUUUGAGGAAACAAAAGCAUAAGCUUGAGGUGGAGGUGCAUCAACUUCAGGACAGGCUAGUUGUGGAAGGUGAACAGCACCGAGAACAAGUCUGUGCUUUACAGAGCCACAUUGAAAAAAGCAUCAGGGACCAAAGCAGGGAGGGGGCCAAUCUGGAGUACUUAAAAAAUAUAAUCUACCGCUUCUUAACCCUGUCUGACUCUUUGGGUCGCCAGCAGACACUUACAGCAAUAUUGACUAUCCUGCAUUUCAGUCCAGAGGAGAAACAAGUGAUUAUGAAACUCCCAACUAGUAGUAGCUGGUGGCCUUCUGGCAAGAGAUAAAACCUCUGGCCUUUUCUGUUUCUAAACCCUUUUUUAUCCUGGAGUCUGUUCUGAUACUAUAACCCUAUAACCUCUUCUCUUACAAAUAACUGGGAUAGUGUCUGUUGUUGCUUCUGGCCUCUGAUGUUACCGCUGGCCUUACUGUGAGGCAUUAUAGUACAGAGCAUUUUACCUCUGCUCAGGGGUUUGAGACUGAAUGCCAAAGGUUGGAAAAUAUUGAAACUUUCUAAAAUAAAAUAAUUUGUUAUCCUUUGCAAUUCCCAGAGACAAUUUGGUUUCUGUAGAUAAUAAAUUCCACUGGAAAGGUAACCCAUUGGUACUUUCAGUAUGAUGAAAAAAAAAAAAAAAACAGUAAUUUGUUUCUUCAUUU